GGAAAGCGGAAGUGCGGCCGUGAGGGGACCCGGGGGGGGGCGGCGGCGUGACCCCCCCCCCCCCACCGGUACCGGCGUGCGAUGGCCGUGACCUGACCCCGGUGCGAUGGAGCAGCCCCGGUACCGGGACGCGCCCCCAGCGGGGAGCGGCUCCAGCGGUGCCUGGAACGGGACCUGCGGCCACCCCCGCGGUGCCACCGGCGCCACCAGCGCCACCACCCCCGGCACGACGGGCGACGACGACGACGAAAGCGGCGAGCGCGACCCUCGUGUCCCCAUCCCCGGGGGUGUCCCCAGCUCCGGUGUCCCCAACUCCUGUGACGUUCCCGGUCUCGGGAGUGUCCCCAGCCCCGACAAUGUCCCCAACCCCAGGGAUGUCCCCAACCCAUGUGGCGUUCCCGGUCUCGGGAGUGUCCCCGUCCCUGACAAUGUCCCCAACCCCAGGGAUGUCCCCGACCCCUGUGGCGUUCCCGAUUCGGGGAGUGUCCCCAACCCUCACAAUGUCCCCAGCCCCGGGAGUGUCCCCAACCCCAAGGAUGUCCCCAACUCCUGUGGCAUUCCCGGUUCCGGGAGUGUCCCUAACCCCAGUGGUGUCCCCAGCCCCAGGGAUGUCCCCAACCCCGACAAUGUCCCCAACCCCUGUGGCGUUCCCGAUUUCGGGAGUGUCCCCAGCCCCAGGGAUGUCCCCAACCCCUGUGGCGUUCCCAGUUCCGGGAGUGUCCCCAUCCCUGACAAUGUCCCCAAUCCCGACAAUGUCCCCAACCCUGGGGGUGUCCCCAACCCCCGAAGUGUCCCCAGCCCCAGGGAUGUCCCCAACCCCAGGGAUGUCCCCAACUCCUGCGGCGUUCCCGGUACCAGGAGUGUCCCCAACUCCCGAAGUGUCCCCAGCCCCAGGGAUGUCCCCAACCCCUGUGACGCUCCCGGUUCCGGGAGUGUCCCCAACCCCGAGGGUGUCCCCAAUCCCUGCGGCAUUCCCGGUUCCGGGAGUGUCCCCAACCCUGACAAUGUCCCCACGCCCGGGGGUCGCUGUCGCUGCCGGGGUCCCCCCGCCGCUCCCCCGAGCCCCACCCGCCCCACCCCGUGCGGCCUCGGCUGCCGCCACCGCCACCCCCCGCACGACACCGGCGACACCCGCACGACGCGGCGGCGACCGCGACAACGCCACGAGGACCGAGACAAUCCACGAGGCGACACCGAGAGGGGACAACGGGUGGCCCUACGGGUGGCCCGGGCGGGGGUCGCGCUGUCCCUUCGCUUUCUCGGGGCUCUCGUGGCGCUGCUUCUCCUCUUCCUCCUCCUCAUCCUCGGGGGGCUCCGCUCCUUCCUCCGCGGGGGCUCCGCGGGGCUCCGCCGCUCCCGGCAGCUCCUGGCCGAGUGGAUCCGCUCACGGGCGAGCUGUCCCGCUGCUGGUGUCGCCGCCGGAGGUGGUGGCGAGCAGGAGGUGACACGGUUGGUGGCCAUGGCUGAGGUGGCCGAGGAGGAGCUGGACCCGUUCAGGGUGCUCGGGGUGGAAGCGACAGCGAGCGAUGCGGAGCUGCGGAGGGCGUACAGGAGGCUGGCGGUGCUGGUGCACCCCGAUAAGAGCCGAGACCCCCGGGCGGAGGCGGCGUUCAAGGUGCUGCGGGCGGGGUGGGAGAGGGUGAGCAGCCCCGAGAGGCGCCGCGAGUUCCAGGCGAAGCAGCUGGCGCAGGGGGAGCUGGCGCGGGCGCUGGGCGCGUUCCUGGGCCGGCUGCAGGAGGAGCUCAGGGACGCCAUGGAUGCCAUGGGCUGCUCGCGCUGCGGGGGGAGGCACAGGCGGUUCCCCCUGGACAGGGACCCCCGCAGUGCCCGCUACUGCUCCGAGUGCGGCUCCUGGCACGCGGCCGAGGACGGCGACCUGUGGGCAGAGUCCAGCCUGCUCGGCCUCAAGGUCACCUACCUGGCCCGCAUGGACGGCCACGUCUACGAUGUCACCGAGUGGGCGGGCUGCCAGCGUGUGGCCAUCUCCCCGGACAGCCACCGUGUCCCCUACCACCUGUCCUUCGGCGCCAGGACAGCCACGGCGGCCGGACACCAGCGGGCCCCCCCCAAGGGCAGCCCCCCCUCCCCCACCGAGAUCCAGGAUUUCCUGGCUCGCGUUUUCCAGGGAACCCCGGGUUCUGCUGGGGAAGCCGGGGGGGUUUUCCCCACCCCCCCCGGGGCUGCGGGACCCCCCCAGGGACCCCCCCAGGCCCAGGGGGGCCCCCCCAGGGGGGACACGAAGCACAAGAGGAGGAAGAAGGGGCGGCGGCCGCUGCCGCGCUGAGGAGACCCCCACCCCCGA